AUUUUUAAAGGAAGAUUAUGUCACUAUAUUCUUUCUCAUUCAACAUAGUUUUUAUCCUGUCGAUUUUUUUCAUGAAAAAAUUUCUUAAAACAACAAUACAUAGUAUUAAAUGGAUAAUUAAGGGAUAAUGGACAAUAAAUAUCUAGCCAUCACUAUUUUAUUGUUUGUAAAAAUAUAUCUUAACCGACUUAAUUCAUUCUCUCCUAUAAAUAGAAAUGUUUUACCAAGAUAAAAAAGAGUGAACAUAUAUUAUUAACAUAUCAUAUAUACAUUUUGAUAUAUAUAUAUAUAUAUAUAUAUAUAUAUUCGCCUAAUAAUUCACAACACGGCUUUCUAUUCCCACAUUGGGCCUGGCUCGAGAGUAACUACAAGAGGCUCAUUAUAUAACUAUAUUAAUAUAAACGAACAGAUCCAAGAGUCGAACGGUUUAGUCGAUUUUGGUUUUCAGUUCCCGCUUCUUCGCCCACGGAAACAAUUUGUGUUCGUUCUCGUGCUUUCUCUCCCUUCGAGAAUUCAGACUAGGACUUCGUGCUUGAUCAAGUCUUUCCUCUCCAAUUCAGAAAAUCGAUUCGAGAAUGGAUCUCCCAUGCUUCAGAUGCACAAGCUCUACGCCGCUUAAUUAUUGCUGGCAUAAUCAAAGAGUGAUGUCAUGCCGUGGCUCUAGCCACCUCUUUGCUUUUCUCUGCAGUGGGCAUCUUCAGUCUCCACGAUGUCACCGAUGUUUACAACUCCCUGCACUAAUUCGCUGCUACAGAGAGAGUUAUAACUUUUGCAUUCCAUGCUUCCGACAACACCAGAUUUGCAUUCCCUCUAGGCACCAAGUGGAGAUCAUUCCAUUUUCCUCGCAUGAGUUUUGCGUUAGUGACCAGCCUCUUCCAGUCCCUUUGUCGGGACGUAAAAGGCAAGGGGGUCCAGGAACGGGACCAGGAAAGGGACCAGGAAAGGGACCUGACCAGCCUAAAGAAACUAAAAAGAGUCGCCAAACUGGACCUGAUUUGAACUUAAGUUUGCAGCUUGGUGGUACAAAAGGUGGUCCUAGUAGCCAUGCUAGACGAGUCUGUGUUGGUGGGCUUCCACCCACUGCAAACGAACAGUCUGUUGCAACGUUCUUUAGCCAAGUGAUGUCAGCGGUUGGGGGAAACUCUGCUGGGCCAGGCGAGGCGGUGGUGAAUGUUUACAUAAACCAUGAAAAGAACUUCGCUUUUGUUGAGAUGAGAACAGUUGAGGAGGCUAGUAAUGCAAUGGCAUUAGACGGAAUUAUAUUAGAGGGGGUUCCUGUAAAGGUGAAGAGGCCUACUGACUAUAACCCAUCCCUUGCUGCAGCUCUUGGUCCGAGCCAGCCUAAUCCCAAUCUCAACUUGGCGGCUGUUGGAUUUUCCUCGGGGUCUACUGGUGGGCUUGAGGGUCCGGACCGCUUAUUUUUGGGUGGGAUUCCAUAUCGCUUGACAGAGGAUCAGAUCAGGGAGCUUUUGGAGUCCUUUGGGCCGCUAAGAGGUUUCAACUUGGUCAAAGACAGGGAAACUGGAAACUCGAUGGGAUAUGCAUUCUGUGUAUUCCAGGAUCCUUCAGUCACAGAUAUGGCAUGUGCUGCUCUAAACGGGAUUAAGAUGGGCGAUAAGACACUUACGGUGAGGCGUGCAGUCCAAGGUGGGGUUCAACCUAAGCCUGAGCAAAAAGAUAGACUACUUCAUACCAAACAGCAGAUUGCUUUGCAGGGGCUUAUGCUACAGCCAGGAGGCACGCCCACCAAGAUUGUCUGUUUGACUCACGUGGUUACAGCUAAUGUUCUUGGAGACGAUAAAGAAUAUGAAGAAAUAAUGGAGGACAUGAGACAGGAAGGUGGAAAACUCGGUAACUUGGUGAAUGUUGUGAUUCCAAGGCCCAAACCGGAUCAUGAUCCAACACCAGGAGUUGGGAAGGUUUUCUUAGAGUAUGCGGAUUUGGACGGCGCAGCAAAGGCAAGAUCGGGGAUGAAUGGAAGAAAGUUUGGAGGAAACCAAGUGGUGGCUGUGUAUUACCCCGAAAACAAGUAUGCGCAAGGCGACUACGACGGCUACUGAUCUUUCUUUAGUUUCUUUGGACCUCUUAGCAAGAAGUUUGAAUAUAUUUUUUGGGGGGUUUUGUUGUAUGGAGAUAUUGGUUUGUGUAGAUCAAUUUAGUACUUGUCUAGACACAACCAAGGUGUGUAUUGGAUAAUGAUAAGUCUUUGGUUUCAUUAAAACACCCCUUGGAGUUAUGUUA